CAAACACAGCAUAAGCCAGACCUUUAGUCUGAUGUAGGACACAUUUGUUUUCAAUGUGCAGAUGACAAGUUCUUCUUUUCCUAGAUCCAGCGAUGUUUCGGAGCCUGCUUUUCACCAUUGUGUGGGGAUUUGCAGUGGCCGUUAUCAAUUCAGAAUUGGAUCGACACUGGGAGCUAUGGAAGAAGAUGCAUAACAAAGUCUAUUCUCACCAGACUGAGGAGUUAAGUCGCAGGCGGAUAUGGGAAGAAAACUUGAAAAUGAUUAAUGUCCAUAACCUGGAAGUCUCCCUAGGUUUACACACCUAUGAGCUGGCAAUGAACCACCUGGGGGACCUGACAUCUGACGAGAUCACUGGCAUGCUGAUGGGCACCAUCGUGCCAUCUGACUUGGAGAGGGGUCCUUCAAACUUUAUCAAGGUCAACAGCUCUAUACCGCAAUCACUGGACUGGAGGGAUGAAGGCCUGGUAACUGAGGUCAAAAUGCAGGUGCAGUCACAGAAGGGUUCUUGUGGCUCUUGUUGGGCCUUCAGUGCAGUUGGAGCUCUGGAAGGGCAACUCAAGAAGUCCACAGGUGUCCUGAUAUCCCUCAGUGCUCAGAACCUGGUGGAUUGUUCGGUAAAAUAUGGCAACCGCGGGUGCAACGGUGGCUUCAUGACAAACGCUUUCCAAUACGUCAUUAAAAACCAAGGCAUAGAUUCUGAUGCAUCCUACCCCUACGUUGGCAUGCGUGGCCAAUGCAAGUAUAAACCACAAUAUCGGUCUGCUAACUGCUUGGACUAUACCUUCUUGCCAAAGGGGGAUGAAUCUGCAUUGAAGGUAGCGCUAGCUAAUGUCGGCCCGAUCUCUGUAGCAAUUGAUGCCUCAAGGCCCAAGUUUGUCUUCUACCGUCAUGGUGUGUACAGGGACCACACAUGCACCCACAAAGUGAACCAUGGCGUGCUGGCUGUGGGCUAUGGCACAGAGACGGGACACGACUACUGGCUGGUCAAAAACAGUUGGGGUGUAAACUACGGCGAUGAAGGCUACAUCAAGAUGGCUCGGAACAGACAAAACCAGUGUGGCAUCGCUCUCUAUGCUUGUUUCCCCAUCAUGUGAUCAGCAGAUGGCCCAAUUUUGGAUGUACAUUUCUCAACAGUUGGAACAUAAUUUUAAAUAAAUGGUUUGAUCCUUG